AUGGGUAGUCUGACGGAACCAUUCUCCCUUACGGCCCACCCGUAUCGCUCGCCAGCCGGCAAGAACUGUGCAUAUGAACUGGGAAAGAACACAGCACAGAAUGCCCUCGUCUUCCUAGGCGGUCUUGGAGAUGGACCCCACACGACACCCUAUGUCCGCUUUAUGGCACGAUAUCUGGAGACACAGCCAGAUCUAGAUUACUCCGUCUUUGAGAUUCGUAUGCGAAGCUCAUUUGAACAAUGGGGGACAUCCAGCUUGCAGGAAGACGUUGAGGAUGCCUCUGCUCUGGUCAAGUACCUGCGUGAGAAAGGCAGAAACAAGAUUAUCCUAAUGGGGCAUUCUACUGGCUGCCAGGAUUGCAUGGAAUAUACAAACUACGCUCGCCACAACAAUGAGCCGGUUGAUGGGUUCAUCCUGCAGGCACCGGUGUCGGACAGAGAGGGCCUCGAGGGCAUGUUCCCCGAAUGGCGGGACAGCCUCGCGGUGGCAGACCAGAUGAUCGCCGAAGGCAAGUCAGACUGGUGCAUACCCAAGGACAAGGUGCCGCCAGUGUUCAACUGCCCCAUGACGGCCUACAGACUUCGAUCGUUGAUCGCUAAAGGUGGUGAUGAUGACUACUUCUCAACCGACCUGGAUGAGAAAGUAAAGGGAUUCUGGGGGAGGUUCCAGAAACCCGUCCUGGUUUUGCAUUCAGAGAAGGACGAGUUUGUCCCCGCACACAUUGAUCAAGCUGCGUUGAACAAGAGAUACCAGGAGGCCAGUCCGAUGGUGAGCCAACUGUCGGGGCUGAUACCAAAUACUGGUCACGCUGUACCGAACGAAGACGCAAGGCAGUGGCUGUCGGAAAAGGUUGCGGAGUUUCUACGCGCCCUGCAGUAA